AUGAUGAAUAAGAUAAUUUUCUUUGAGGAGAGGAACUUCCAGGGUCGCUCCUAUGAGUGCAACAGUGACUGCUCUGACAUUCACAUGCACCUGAACCGCUGCAACUCCUGCAGAGUGGACAGCGGGUGCUUCAUGGUGUACGACCGCCCCAACUUCAUGGGUAAUCAGUUUUUCUUGAGGAGAGGCGAGUACUCUGAUUUCCAGCGCAUGGGGGGCAUGGGGGGUAUGAUGGGCACGACGAUGAUGGAUACCAUUCGCUCCUGUCGCAUGAUCCCCAUGCACAGAGGACAGUUCAGGAUGAGGAUCUAUGAAAGAGAGAACUUCGGAGGCCAGGUGCAUGAGCUGAUGGAUGACUGUGAGUCUCUCCAGGAUCGCUUUUAUAUGUCUGACUGCCAGUCCUGCAAUGUGCUGGACGGUCAUUGGCUGAUGUUCGAGCAGACCAACUUUAGAGGGCGCAUGAUGUAUGUGAGGCCAGGAGAGUACAGGAACCUCCGAGACAUGGGAGUGAGCAACAUAAUGAGAAUCAGCUCCAUCAGACGCAUCAUGGAAAUGUGCUGA